UCCUGCUCAAAAAUAAAAUGGCGGCCAGGUGGUGUUGUUAUAAAUUUUCCAAUAUUGCCGGCAAAUGAAGCCAAACUUCCAUCUUUGAAUUAUUUGAAACAAUAACCUGUAAACAUGUUCAUAUAUCUGAGCAAAAAGAUUGCCAUACCGAAUAAUGUCAGACUGCGAUGCCUUGCUUGGAAUCGAGAACACGGGUACAUUGCUUGUGGAGGUGAAGAUGGAUUGCUCAAAGUUCUCAAACUGGAAACACAACCAGGAAAAGAUGCCAAAGUCAGAGGACUUGCUGCUCCAAGUAAUCUCUCUAUGAAUCAAACCCUUGAGGGACACACUGGUGCUGUGCAAGUAGUAACCUGGAAUGAACAUUUUCAAAAACUGACCACAAGCGACCAAUAUGGCCUGAUCAUUGUCUGGAUACUUUACAAAGGGUCAUGGUAUGAAGAGAUGAUCAACAACAGAAACAGAAGUGUUGUACGUGACAUGAAAUGGAAUGCAGAUGGCCAAAGAAUCUGUAUUGUUUAUGAAGAUGGGGCAGUGAUUGUUGGUUCUGUGGAUGGAAACAGGAUUUGGGGAAAGGAACUGAAAGGACUACAGCUUAAUAAUGUGGAAUGGUCCCCAGAUGGAAAAAAUAUUGUGUUUGGAAUAAGUAAUGGAGAAGUUCAAAUCUUUGAUAACACUGGAAACUUUUGUACUAAGAUGACAUUGUUUUGCUUGACCAAUGUUACUGGAGCUGUUAAGAUUGCUGGGAUUGAGUGGUAUGAUGGCCGAGAGGGAUAUGUUGAGCCUAACUGUCCUUGCCUGGCAGUGUGCUUUGAUAUUGGACGUAUGCAGAUAAUGAGACAUGAACUGGAUGAGAGUCCCAUAUUGAUUGAUACAUCAAUGUCAGUGAUGAAUAUUCAAUGGAAUAAUUGUGGGUCUGUUCUGGCUGUUGCUGGAGUGCAGCGAGCUACAGGACAGGAAAAGGAUGUUAAUGUGGUUCAGUUUUAUACUCCUUUUGGAGAGCAUCUGCGAACUCUUAAAGUACCUGGUAAACAAAUAAUGCAAGCAUGCUUUGAAGGUGGAGGAUUGCGCAUUGCCUUAGCUGUGGAUUCAUUCAUCUACUUUGCCAACAUCAGGCCUAAUUACAAAUGGGGUUUUUUCUCAAACACUGUGGUAUAUGCAUUCAACAAGCCAGACAGACAGGAACAUUGUGUGGUUUUCUGGGAUACAAAGAAUGGAGAGAAAUACGUAAAGUACGUGCGGAACUUAUUGUCAAUCACAGCCUGUGGAGAACAUUGUGUGCUGGCUACUAGGGCUGAUGACAGUAGUGGACAGCAUGUUCUUGUGUUGUGUAACGCGAUUGGUACUCCAUUAGACUCUAAGUAUAUUGAAAUAGAACCUCUUUUCGUUGCCAUGACUCGAAGUCACGUGAUAGCUUCAUCUAAGGAGGCUUUCUAUUCCUGGCAAUACCGCAGCCCAAAGAAACUCACUGCUCUGGAACUUCAGACUCACUCGAAAAGGAAGGAUGUCAGAGAAAGAAUGUUUCACAUUGACGACGUUCCGUCAGGAGCCGGGGAAGGCAUAAAAGACGCGAGCAAGGCUUUAGCGCCAACUCAUGAUCCAGUAUGUUGUAUUUCUGCUUCUGAUAAACUUCUUAUAUUGGGACGUGAAUCAGGAACCAUUCAUCGCUAUUCCUUACCAAAGCUUGCUCUGGAGAUGAAAAAUGUUCUCAACUGCCGUCCGCACCAGCUGUCACUCAACUGUACCUCAUCGCGCUUGGCAAUCAUUGAUAUUUCUGGAAUAUUAUCAUUCUUCGAUUUAGAAGUGAGAAAGACAGAUCCGCAAAAGAACGAGAAUGUGGUUGGCGAACAUUUGAAGUUUGAAAGGAAAGAUGUGUGGGACAUGAAAUGGGCUGACGAUAACGCUGAGCUGUUUGCGAUGAUGGAGAAGACGAGAAUGUACAUAUUCCGGAACCUAGACCCAGAGGAGCCGAUUUUGAGUUCUGGAUAUAUAUGUCAGUUUAACGACCUGGAGGUGAAGGCUGUGCUUUUAGACGAGAUCAUGAAGGAUCCUGACCAUCCAAACAAAGAAAGCUUGAUCGACUUAGAAGUUAAGUCCUUGAGAGAUGCACGCGAUUUGUUGGAAAAAGUCGGUAUUCCAGAUGCCUACCAGUUUAUUGAAGAUAAUCCUCAUCCCCGGCUAUGGCGUCUCCUAGCUGAAUCGUCGCUCGAAAGGCUGGAUCUUGAAGUCGCUGAGAAAGCCUUUGUUCGGUGUCAGGAUUAUCAGGGAAUCAAGUUCGUCAAGAGACUUACCAAGUUAGACAAUGAAACCAAGAAGAAAGCUGAGGUCGCUGCAUAUUUCAAGCGAUUUGAGGAGGCAGAAAGACUAUACUUAGAAAUGGACAGGAGAGAUCUUGCUGUUGACUUGAGACUGAAGCUAGGGGACUGGUUUAGAGUUGUUCAACUACUUAAGACCGGAGGGGGAGGUGGUGAUGACCAACUCCUUGAGCAGGCCUGGAACGCAAUUGGUGAUUACUACGCUGACCGGCAGAAGUGGCAGAACGCAGUCACUUAUUACGUGCAAGGAAGAAACCAGGCUCGGCUGGCGGAGUGUUACUACAUGCUGGAAGAUUAUAAUGGACUGGAAAAAAUGGUCAACACACUGCCAGAAAAUCACGUCUUGUUGACGGAGAUUGCUGGUAUGUUUUCUGCAGUUGGAAUGUGCGAGCAAGCAGUACUCGCUUUUACUAAGACGGGCAAGGUAAAGGAAGCCAUUGACUGCUGUGUUCAGCUCAACGAGUGGGAUCAAGCCAUUAGUCUGGCACAGAAGCACAAUGUUAAAGAGAUUGAUAAUUUACUCGCCAAGUACGCUUCAUACCUGCUGGAAAAGAAAAAGACUCUUGAUGCCAUUGAACUAUACCGCAAAGCAAACCACUUUAUUGAUGCUGCUAAACUCCUUUUCAAGGUUACUGCCGAAGUGUCAGAUGCCAAGACAAACCCACUUCGUGCCAAGAAAAUGUACGUUUUGGCUGCUCUGCUGGUGGAAAAUUACCAUGAACACAUUAAGAUGACAAAGAUGAGAACAGCUUCUGGAAAAGAAAAGAGAGGUGCAAUAGAGGCGACGUCAGCGCUGGCUGGUUUGCUUGAAGAGGACUCCAUUGCCACAGAUGAGAGCAAACUCAUUGACAACGCAUGGAGAGGAGCUGAGGCAUACCACUUCUUCCUCUUGGCACAAAGACAAAUGUAUGAGGGAGCAAUUGAUGCUGCAAUGAAAACGGCCCUUCACUUGUGUGACUAUGAAGAUGUCCUGGAUCCAGUAUGCAUUCACUCCCUUCUAGCACUUGUCAGUUGUGCCAACAGGGCAUUCGGGACUUGCUCUAAGGCCUUUAUAAAGUUGGAGUCAAUUGAUAGUCUGACUCAGGAACAAAAAAAAUCGUAUGAAGAGCUGGCCCUGGAAAUAUUUACAAAACACUCACCAAAGGACUCACGUGGUAACAAGGCAGAGUGCACUAGCUGCGAAACCAUGAUACCCGAUUGGAGCCAAAUCUGUCCUAACUGUGACACGAAGUUUCCAACGUGCAUUGUGAGUGGACGCCCGCUUAUGGACUAUCAGUUCUGGUUGUGUGGCACCUGCAAACACCGAGCUUACGAGCAAGAGAUCAGUGCCCUCAACCACUGCCCACUUUGCCAUGCGCAGAUCUAGUUUAUGUUGCAUCGUUACUAUAACUGAAAGACAGAGCUGAAAAACUUCUUUCGUGUUACGGAAUUUUUUUAGGGGGAAUUGCCAUACAAUGGCAUUUUGAUUCAUGUUAGCGAUUGAACAAGUUUGCAGAAAACAGCGUAAGAAAGUUGUGGCAAUUCCUCAUGGUGAAAUACGGUAAAAGAGCUCUUUUCGAUUGAGUGUCGUAAAAACCAAAACCAAGGCAAUCAUACCAGCCAAUCAUAGGAAGGGAAGUUCCACGAGGAGCCAAUGAGAGCUUAAAGUAAAAACAAGCGAACUGCCUGUAACGCGGGAAAACGCGGGCGACCAAGUCGUGAUUGAUGUUAGUUUAAGUCUGAUUGGUUGAGAAGGUGGAGCGAGUUUUCUGGACCACUCAGCAAACUGUCUGGACCAAUCACAUAACGAAAUAGUCCCGGAUUACUUUCGACGCUCAAUAGAAAAUUGCUCUGAUGAAGUAUUAGUGUUGAUCCUAACCCAGCCUGCUGUUUUGCCCCACAUUUUAAUUAUAUCUUCUCAAUGUACAUACAGUGUAAACAUUCAAAUACAUCGCCGGAGAAUAAGCAAAAAUCACUCCUUUUGGUGCACAGGUGUUGAUCGUAAUUAAACCUUUUUAAACAUAUCGUUUUUUUUGGAGUCGUAGAGAUACAUACACGGUAAAUUGUAUAGUUAAGGUAACUCUCGCUAAUUUGCGCGUAAAGGUAAAAAACGAACUUGCACUCUAGGUCGUAGCAGAGACAAAUACAUCACCCUUGCUUGGUCAGUUUUUAAUCUCGUUACUUCCCUACAGCAAGUAAUUCAAUCCUAGAAACUCAUUUUAAUAAUUAGAUUUUCCACUUGCACGCCACGGCAGCCAUUUGCUUUCAUAGAGUAACUACUUGAUACAAUUAUUUAAAGAAAGGUGGAUUAAACUUCAGUUACCUCUUCA